AUGGCGCAACGGCCCACUGGGUUCGUGGAACAACAACACCCUGUCAUCCCUGUUGCCCCGAAACGAUCAGGGUUUAGCAAAUCCCUCAGGCCAUAUCAAUGCGCGGAUUUAGCGGCAACGUUGGGUAGGUUUCAAUGCCAAAUGCACGCACAAUCAGGCCACAAUCCCUACCCGGGUGCGUGGAGUGACGAGGUCUUCUACGGUGAGCUUCUGUCUGAAAAGAGGGGAGAGAAAAAUGGACGAGGCUACGAAUCCAGGCUCUAG